GCUGUAGUUGAAGUCAAGACUGAGAGCGGGAUUUGUUCAUUAUUUUUAUUUCAUUGUUCCAAACGUUUCUGAAAAUGGUGUAAAUCAGGGACUGAGUCCUGGGGUCUCCAUUUCACUCAGACUUACACCGAUCAGCCAUAACAUUAAACCCAUCUGGUAAUGCUGUGCCUCUGAACCGGCUCUGAUCCGUCCACGCAUGGACUCCACGAGACUUCUGAAGGUGUGCGCUGGGAUCUGGCACCAAGACGUUUACAGCAGAUGAGGUCUGUACAUUGUGAGAUGGGGUCUCCGUGGACUUGUUUUUCCAGAACGUCCCACAGAGGGAAUUCGGAGGCCGAGUCAACGCCCUGAACUCUUUGUCGUGUUCCUCAAACCGUUCCUGAACACUUUGUGCAGUGUCUCAGGGAGCGUUAUCCUGCUGAAAGGGACCACUGAUAUUAGUGAACACCGUUACCAGGAAGGGGUGAACUCGGUCUGCAACAGUGUUUAGGUAGGUGGUACGUGUCAACGUAACAGCCACAUGAAUGCCAGGACCCGAGGUUUCUCAGCAGAACAUUACCCAGAACAUCACGCCGCCUCCACCGACUCACCUUCUUCCCAUAGUGCAUCCUGGUGCCGUCUCUUCCCCAGGUAAGAGACGCACACACCCCGGCCUCCACAUGAUGUAAAAGAAAACCUGAUUCAUCAGACCUGGCCACCUUCUUCCAUAGGUCCAGUUGUGAUGUUAACGUGCCCAUUGUAAGUAUUUUGGUGGUGUACAGGGGGUCAGCAUGAGCACUCUGACCGCUCUGCAGCUACACAGCUCCAAGCUGUGAUGCUCUGCGUGUUCUGACUCCUUUCUAUCAGAUCCAGCAUGAACUUCUUCAACAGUUUGUGCUGCAGUAGAUCUUCUGUGGGAUCGGACCAGACGGACUAGCCUUCUCUCCUCAUGCGUAUCACUGAGCCUUGGGAGCCCAUGACCCUGUCUCCUGGUCUCCGGUUCUCCUUCCUUGGACCGCUUUUGGACAGAAAAGUUGAGCCCAUGGACCCAAACUCCACCGCUGUCCCAAACAGUGGGACAGAUUCAAAGCGGAAUUGUGAGGAUUUCGAUCUGUAUUUCCUGCAUGUCAGUCUGCUUCCUGCGGUGUUAAUAAUACUGCUGCUGUCACUUGUAGAGCGCAGAAAGAGGGUUUUUGCCCUGGAGAGGAGAUUUAUGCCCCCGUGUCUGAGCGGACGCUUUGGUGUCGUGGUACCCGUGGACUUUUUGAGCACUCUGGAGAACCGAUGGUCCUACGCUUUUGCUUUCGGUGCCGUCGCUCAGCACAUGGUCAACCUGAUCAUCAACAUCGACAGCGACCCGCUUCUCGUCAAACUGCCGCCUUCUCUAAAAGUAUUUAUGUACAUGGUAGCAGCAGUGAAAGUGGGCGUGGCCUGCAUGCCGUUAUUCGCCUGCUUUUCAACACCACACAAUCUGCUGGGAGGAGUGUUGGGCCUGCUGUAUUCACUCUACUGGUUCAGUCUGGAAGUGUAUGAGUUAUACUGGUGCGGUGAUUCUAAUGUGUCUAAAGGUGGUUUAAGAGAUUACUUACUGGUAGACGAGUGGUUACUGGAUGUCCCACAUUUACUGUGUUUUGGGUUCCUGGUGUGUCGCUUUGGGUUCCUGAUAGUGGAGGAUAUCCUGAUCCGCCUGAAGAAACACAGCAAACAGGAGGAAGUAAAGAAGGAGCAGUACAAGUAUGUACAGAGAUUAUUGCAACGGCCGGCUGACAGGUCUGUGGAGAAGAGCUGGUUCCAGAAGAACGUGUACGAGUGGGAUCCGUAUUUUAAAUUUCCAUCCAGGAUCAUUAGCACCGUCGUGCUCUGCUUCUUCUGUCUGUACUUGGUGGUGCUAAUCGAGCAGGUCAUUGCUUGGUUUGCGAUCAGAAUGCUGAAUUAUUUAGGGAAGGAGUUUUUGACUGCUUUUCUCAACCUACACGUACACUUCAACUAUUUCAAAUACACGUGGUACGUCUCCUCGGCCUGUGCCUCGUUCUCGGCCGUGGUUCACAUCGGCUCUGUGUUGGUGUAUUACAGGAGGCACAUUAAAUCCAUGUGGGCUGGAGAAAAAAUCUACUUACCCAGGAACUACAAACCAUGUCCUACUGUUAGUUUGGGUGGGGUUUUGAAGUACCCUGGCUAUCAGAUCGCCUUCACUGUGUGGGGUUAUCUGCUCGUACACUUGGCGAUGUUCGUGUGUGGCUUGGUGUUCGUGUAUACGGUUAUAUCACCGAUCAGAACACACAACUUUCAGCACUGGCUAAAUAACCUGAUCAUCGUUCUGGCAAAUUUCUUCGUCCUGCUGGCUGUGAUGGGGCUCCAGCGCGUGUUCCUCCACAUGUUUUUCCUGCAAGAUAAAAACUCGCCUACGGAUGAAGACAAGCCGCUAGCGCUCAACAACAGGAAGGUCUUCCACAACGUUAACUACUUCCUCUUCUUCUUUAACAUGAUCUUGGGUUUGAUGAGCUGCGUGAUGCGGUUAAUGAAAAGCGUCGCCGUGGGGUUGGUGUUGCUGCCGCGGAUCGAGCGAGCCAUAAUGCCGCAGGGCUUCGAGAAGUUAGACAAGAGUUACUGUACGUGGUUGGGAAUGAUAUUAACAGAUCACCAUCACAGUAAUCCAGUUCUGGUGUGUUUCUGUCACCUGCUGCUCGAACACACAGCGCAGCGUGUCGGCGUGUACGAGAGACUGCACCAGGAAUUAGAGCCCCCUGCGAAAGAGCGCGCUCGCGCCCGCUGGCUUCUCAUGUACACCCUGGUGAGGAACCCUAAACUCAUCCUGCUGAGAAAGCAAGCCGAGCAGAACAAAGCGGACACCGAAUUCGCCUUCGCCUGGGCCGUCUCACAUACAUCGUAAAUACGGUCCAUUAUGUGAAAAAGUCUCAGUAGUCACAGCUUUCAUACUUGGUUCAUCUCUCUCAGGAACACGGUGUCAUGAGCAGGGUACCGGGCAGUGCAAGGGGACGUUUUUUUGUUUGUUUGUUUUUUACUAUAUAUGGGGAUUUGGAGGUGUUUUUUACGUAAAUAAGUCUUUAGUGAGUAGUCUAGUCCAUAUUAUAUACUGUGUGUUAAAUGUGCGAUAAAUUCCGUUUCCUCUUGUGUACCGAUUCAUACUGUUUUAAAAAGCUGUUCCACACACACUGUGAUCAGCGAAACUCCGGGAUUUUUGUAUUGUACUGUAGAGUUUUACUGUUUAAUGUCCACAUUAGAAAGAAAAGGUUUUCUCGACACCAAGAAAACGCCUAUAAUGUUAAUAUAAUCCGGGUGCAGGAGAGAUACUGGAACAUGGGGGAAGAGCACACCCUGGGCAGGACAGUCACACACACAUACACACACGUUCACAUUCACUAUGGACAGUUUGGAGACGCCAGUCAUCCUAAAACAAGUCUUUGGACUGGGGGAGGAACGGAGAAACACAGAAACAUCCAACAGAGAAAGACAGAGAAGCUGAAGAUCUGGGAAAAUGAGUGGAGUCCAAAUAUACAAUGUGUACACAGUCCAAUCUGCUGCCCAAGAGAAGAACUUACCGGCUAAAAUGAUCAGGGUGGAGGCGGAUCCGGAGCCUACCCCACGAACACUGUCUGUGAGGUAGGAAGUCCAAGACCAGUCCAAGACCAGGACUAACCAAGAUUGUCAAGACUGAGUCUUAACGGGGGUCGAGGACGAGUCGAGUGAGACCGAAAAUCAUCAAAUCCAUUUUGAGGCCAAAGAGAUGUGUGCUUUCUUCAAACAUGUGGAAUUCUUGAUGGUCUCAUGUUUAUUAGUUUAUAUAUAUAUAUACAGUAUAUCCUGCUAAAUAACUUUUUCCACAUCAUUUCUUUGUGUUGCUACGCAGAUUAUAGAAGGCUUGUCCAUUCAUUUGUGUAAAAUAUAACGGCGACAAAUUCAUUUUGUAUCAUUACUUAUAUAACAAUAAACGAGUUGAGGUUGA